AUGUCAUCAACUCCUGCAGCAGCCAUUGGAGUUGCUGUUGGAGCUCUUGCUUUGAUUGCUGUUUUACUUCUUGUCCUAUGGUUUUGCAUUUUUCGUCGCAAGAAUGCGUCUGAGACUGGCUCUUCUGAUCCAUCAACUCAAGAAGGAACAAAUGUUGCAAUGGAGUUGUCAAUGAGAGAAUCAAGAAGGUUUGAAAUGGAGGAACUUGCUCAAGCCACCAAGAGUUUCACCAAUAAAAGCCUCAUUGGUACAGGAAAAUUCGGAGAGGUUUACAAAGGUUUGCUUCAAGACGGUGUUCUCGUGUCCAUCAAGAAAAGAACCACUUUGCCUACACAAGAAUUCGUCAACGAGGUUCGUUAUCUAUCAUCUAUCAAGCAUCGUAAUCUUGUUACUCUUUUGGGUUAUUGCCAAGAAAGCAACAUGCAGUUUCUUGUCUACGAAUAUGUUCCUAAUGGAAAUGUUUCUAAUCACCUGUACGGUGCUGGUGGAAGUAGGCUAGAGUUCAGAAACAGGCUUGCCAUAUCUAUAGGAGCAGCUAAAGGAUUGGCACAUCUUCACUCACUGAGUCCUCGGUUGAUACACAAGGACUUCAAAACUGCUAAUGUUCUUGUGGAUGAAAACUUCAUUGCCAAAGUUGCUGAUGCAGGAGUUCCUAAUUUCUUAGGAAGAGAGGAUGUUGGUACAUCGUCUCACGUUGUUGCUGACCACAUCUUCCUCUCCCCAGAGGUUCAAGAGUUCAGAAGAUUCUCAGAGAAAAGUGAUGUCUAUGCUUUUGGGGUAUUCCUCUUGGAGUUAGUAAGUGGAAGAGAGGCAUCAGAACCAUCCCCUUCACGCUCAUCACAAACUCUAGUCGAAUGGAUGCAAAACAUAACGGACUACACUGAUAUACCUGCAAUGAUCGAUGAGAGACUAGGUGGUACAUACACAGCAGAAGGAGUGGAGGAGGUUAUUACACUGACACUGAUAUGUCUUGAUGUUUCAAGUGCGAAGAGACCAACAAUGAGUUAUGUUGUGGCAGAGCUUGAGAGAAUAUUAGACAAAGAAGUGAGCUUAACAACAGUAAUGGGUGAAGGUAUCCAAACCUAUAAUGAUGCCAAGCAUUAUGCGAUUUCUGCAAAGAUUCCAGAGUUUAGCAAAAACAGGACUCUUGUUGUACAGUACUCUGUUAAAAUCUAA